AUGCGCUCUGCAGAGCCAAAGCCAAAGCGUUCAAUAAAGGAGUGCAAUGGGUCCUCGCUCUCAGAGGACCACGACUGCUCCAUGGCAAAAGAGGUGCCCAACACCGACAAUGUCAAUACGAUUACGUCAAGUGCUUUUAGCACGGCGAAAUGUCGCCGACAUGCAGCCAGUGCGAACCCUAAGAAGUGUGAGGACCGGUAA